UGCAUUGCGUAAGUGAUGUGGUCAGAGAGAAAAUGAAAAGCUCAGUUGAAUCCCUGGUGAAGCGUAGAGCUGAGGAAAUGGAAAUACGUCUAAACAGCAUCAAAAGGAAGGAGAAGAAUGUCCAAGAAGAGAGGGACAAACAUCAAAAUGACGGCGAAGAUAAGAAAAGUAAUACAAAACUCCUUGAGGAGAAAGUUAAAGAGUUAAGACAUGCAGCAACGAAACACCUGAAGAGCAAACAUGAGAAGGAGCGUCAUCCAGCAGAGGAUGGGAGUGGUGGGCCGAGUAGUAGAGAAUUGGUGCUCGCACAAAAAGUGCAGGACCUGGAACGACAACUACAGGACAGAGACAGGCAGAUGGAGGAGAAAGGCAGACAGUUAGAAGACAUGACAGAGCGUCUGAUGGAUAUUCUCAACGCUAAGAGAGCAGCAAGCAUAGAGCGCCUGAUACACUUCAGAGGAAGCCAUCUACUGCCCCCUUCUGUCUCUUUUUUCUGGCAACCGUGA